AAACUAGUAAAAUAGUCAAAAUUCCAGGGCCACACGCAAAACAGAAACAUCCGCUGUUUUCUCUUGGUGGAAUGCAAUUUUCAGAGUCGGUUGUGAAUGAAUGCGAAUGGAGGAGCUACCACCUUCGCUGCUGGUCGAAAUUCUGAGUCGUUUAACGGACUCAACGGAUCUUGUACGGUGUAGGGUGGUGUCAAAGAGCCUAAACGCAGUGUCGUACGAUGUGCGAUGCGUAAGCCUAGUGUGUUCCAUGUCACGGUACCUCAAGUCUCGCUCCCCGGAGACCAAACACCUCGUCACCCCCUUUAAGACCGUCUUCAAGAACCUCGUACGCAGCUCCAAUAACCUCGAAUCCGUGUCUCUCGGCGUUGACCGCGCCCUCGGCGGCAUCUCCUUCGACGACGUCGAGGAUGAAUCCGAUGAUCUUUACCUCACCGAUUUCAACUUCAUCAAAGACUGGCUUCCCUCUGUUUCCCACGCUCUCAAAUCCUUCUCCGUUUCCGAUUUCUGGGUCCAAUCUUGUUGGCGCCGAUCCGAAGCGUUGUCCUUGAUCUCCUCCACGUGUCGUAAUCUGGUGAAAUUGGUUGUGAGGAACGCGUGGUUAUCCGUGGAUGGGUUGUGUUCGAUGCCAACGCUAGCGAUUUUGACUCUUGAGUUUGUGAGGUUGGAUGACGAAGACCUAAGUAGGAUCAAUUCUUGUUUCCCUAAUUUGACACAGCUUAAUCUUAUUGGUGUUGGUGGACUUAAGGAUCCAAAGAUUAAUCUUUCGCACCUCACCACUUGUCAAUGGUCUGUUUCAAAUGCUCCACUUUCUUUGAUUAUAUGUGCACCUUGCCUUGUUGAUCUCAAUCUCAAAUGCAUUAGACCUAGAUUGAUUGUGCUUGAUGCCCCUUCCUUGUCCAAUUUUGAUCUUUCUCUUGAGAAUGCUGAUGAGCUUAGGUUUAAAAAUUGUGCUAAUAUGCAAUGCCUUCAACUUAAUGUGGAAUGCCUCUCUAUUGGUUUCCUGCGUAGUAUGUCUCACCAUUGCAGCAUGGUGAAGAGGCUUACGUUGGAUUUGGAUGGAAAAACAGAGCGGGGUGAUGUGAUAGAGUUUGGGUUUGAUACUUUGUUGGAGUAUUUUCCAAGCAUAAUAUAUCUUAAUUUGGGUUAUGGGGCUUGGCGUGUAAUGGAGAAUUCUUUUCGCUGGGGAGGUUUGGAAGAUAGAAUUGGGAUGAAAUCGCUAAAAGAGCUUGUUGCACAUCUAGUGGUGAAUGAAAUGGGGUAUACUCUUGCAUUUAUUUUCUCUGUUUUGGAUAAAUGCGCCAAAUUGUCGGAUGUUUCUCUGCUUGUCCACCGUGAUGUCGAUUCUUAUGUUGCUAGCAACCUCAUCUCUGCAUGCAGAAGCAAAUUCCCAAGAGUUAGAUGGAGAUGGGGAAUAUGGAAAGAAGGAAUCAAGGAUACCUGGGUCUGUAAUGGCAUAUAGCUUGGGGAUUGCUUUGUUUGUUGUCUGUAAAAAGGGAGAAUCAUCGGUAAUUUGUUGUAUUUUAGGUCUAUGCUGUUUGACAAUAGACAAAUGGUAUUAGGACAUUAGCAGUUUUAAAUAUUUUUCGUUGAAGGAACUCCAAGAAGUAAGAGUAAGCAUGAGAUGUUAUGCAACUUAAAUAUCAAUAAAAUUUCCAACUGUAUUGGCAAAGUAGAGGAAGUUGGAAGAAACUAGAUAUGGGAUCAGAAAGGGGAGUAUGAAACUGUGACGGCAUAAGCAUCAAGAAAAGUUUUUCCAAACUGCUUCGGCAAAAUAGAUGUAGUUGGAUGAAAACAGAAUCAUGCUGAUCAGUAGCGACAUUCUUCUUUGGAUUUGUGUAUGGUCUGUGGAUCAGCAAAUUAGUGGUUAACUGCCUGGAAGAAGCUUGCUUAUGGAUAGGAUCCCCCCACCCCUCUCACAUUUCUUUGUAUAGAUGUUUUAGGCUUGUUUGUUGUUGUAUUUCUUUGUAUAAAUCUUUGUCCUAUUCAUUUCUUUUGAAUACAUGUAUAUUCUUGGAUUUUUCAUCCUUAUUGUAUUCACAUGUACAUUUGGAGAUCUAUCAGAAUAGAAAUCUGUAUUCUAGAAGCAUACAUUUUUUUAUUU